CAGGAGUGUUUUUCAUUUUGCAGUAUUCUUGACAUGGCUCUUUCCAGUAUCCUGACAGAAGCUGAAAUUGCUGCUGGUCUGCAGAGUUGUCAAGCUGCUGAUUCAUUUGAUUACAAAACCUUUUUUGUCAAAGUGGGUCUCAACUCCAAGUCCAAAGACCAAGUUGCCAAAGUCUUUGGAAUUCUUGACCAGGACAGGAGUGGCUUUAUUGAGGAAGAGGAACUGAAACUUUUCCUGAAGAAUUUCUCAGCCAGUGCCAGAGCUUUGACUGAUGCCGAGACCAAGGCAUUCCUGGCAGCAGGGGACAGCGAUGGAGAUGGUAAAAUUGGAGUGGAUGGUAAGACUGGGCUUUUUAAAAUGAUGAUACCUGCCUUUGAGCCUUCCUAAAGGCAGCUCUAGGCAGCUGCCCUGCCCCGUGGAUUGGAGGUUAUGGACCUGAUGAUGAGGUGCUCAGAUCUGCUGUAUUAUAGAGGGGCUCUA